AUGCAGUCGAUCCUCCCCAGGGCCAAGGUCCUCGUACCGUCUUUGCGCGUGGUCAGUCGUCUCCUCAUUCACUGCUCAGCCUCGGCCGAACGCUCUGCUGCCCGCCUAUCGCUCGCCCGAUUGUCGCUCCAAUCCACACCGCUUGCCGGUCUGAACCGACGCGGGAUACACUCACUGACGCUGCGAGUCGAUCCGUAUCUGCAGAUCGGCCAAACCCGUUCCGCCACCAGUCUUGGUUUGGGCAUCCAGCGACCGACCCCCAGAGUAGGCUCUCCAUCUGUUGCUCGCUUCGGUGCCUUCUCCCAACUCACUUGGCCCCCUUCUCUCACUCUCGCUCGUCAGUUGCCGACCAAGUACGGCGGUGUCUACUCGGUUACCCUGAUCCCCGGUGAUGGUAUCGGAAAGGAAAUCACCCAAUCCGUCGAGGAGAUCUUCGAGGUCAGUCGUCGAUCCAAUCGAUCAGUCGUCGUUCCUUCGCGAAAGCGGUUCUGCAUCCCUUUCGAUUCGCCUGUGCUGAUGCGCCGUCGACGCACGAUCCAUCCCUGCAGCACCUCAACGUCCCCGUCGAGUUUGAGCGAUUCGACAUCUCGGGCGCCACCUCGCAGGAUGCCGCCCUCUUCAAGAGGUCCAUGGACUCGCUCAGGAGGAACAAGGUCGGACUCAAGGGUGAGCUGGGCGGCGAUGCGGAUCAGGAUCCCCACCACGGAUGCUCAUACAUGAACCACUGCAUUCAAAAGGUAUCCUCUACACCCCUGUCGAGCGCUCCGGCCACACCUCAUGGAACGUCGCCAUGCGUCAACAACUCGACAUUUACGCCUCCGUCGUCUUGUGCAAAUCCGUCCCCGGUUUCCCCACCCGCCACAGGGAUGUCGACUUUGCCAUCAUCCGUGAAAACACCGAGGGUGAAUACUCGGGUCUCGAGCACCAGGUGAGUGCAGCGUGGCACCUGGGUGCGUUCAGAUUGACUCCAGACCGAUUGACGUCCAGCCUCUCUUCUCUACAGUCGUCGCCCGGUGUUGUCGAGAGUCUCAAGAUCAUGACCCGAGCCAAGUCGGAGCGCAUCGCACGAUUCGCCUUUGACUUUGCCAUCAAGAACAACCGCAAGGUUGGUCCUUUCUGCUAUACACGCACGGCCCUCGUCGUAAACUGAGCACGCUCAAGCAAUUUUUGACCGCCCCUCUCUAGACCGUCACGUGCGUGCACAAAGCCAACAUCAUGAAGCUCGGCGAUGGCUUGUUCCUUAACACAUGUCGCCAGGUUGCCGAAGAGUACAAGGAUUCGGGCAUCAAGUUCAACGACAUGAUCGUCGACAACGCUUCGAUGCAGGCUUGCUCGCGACCCCAAGUAAGUCCAUGCGCGAUAACGUUGUCGGACGAUUGUUCAGUUUCUGAUAACCUGUUUCACACUUUGUCAGCAAUUCGAUGUCAUGGUCUUGCCUAACCUCUACGGUUCCAUCUUGGGCAACAUCGGUGCGGCUACCGUCGGUGGACCCGGUAUCGUCCCCGGUGCCAACAUUGGACGAGUGAGUUCGUUGAAACUGUGGGUGCUUCACAAGGUGCUGACUUGGUUCUCGGUCGCUCCCUCCAGGACUACGCUCUCUUCGAACCCGGAUGCAGGCACGUUGCCAAGGUAGGUCAAGACAAAAGUUUCCUUGUCUAGUGCGCGUGAGCGAAGUGCUGAUCAGAUGUUCUCGCGCGUGGCUUGCCUCCCAUCAGGACAUUGAGGGCCAAGACGUCGCCAACCCCUCCGCCAUGAUUCUUUCCGCCACCAUGAUGCUUCGUCACCUCGGGUCAGUACUCAUAAGCCCCGUGAGAGUAUACUAGAUGCCCCCCGAACCUGAUUCAUGCUUUUAUCUUUGGCCGGUCUACAGUCUCGACCACCAUGCCAACCAGAUCGCCGCUGCUGUGUACAAGGUCAUCGCUGACGGAACGGUCAAGACCCCCGACAUGGGAGGCAAGGGGUAAGAAGAUACUUCGCACGGAGUCUUGUAAACGUACAGCGUACUGAUAUUCGUCUCGACCACUCUCCAGCAAAACCACCGAAUUCACCGCCGCCGUCCUCAAGGCCGUCGCUUAA